CUGCCUCUCACUCCCUUCCUGCCGCCGCCGCCGCUGCCGCAUCACUACAGCCGUCGCUAGCUCGAGGUGACGGCGGGGGGGCCGCCUAGUGUUGUCGCCGAGUCCGUGACAUACAAGAUCCUUCCACAAGUGGGUCUCCCGCCCCGAUCGCCCCCGCUGCAGCUCGUUGGGUCAUGGCCAGGCCGGAACAGGUUCUGUUUUUGGAGCCUCAACACGAACUGAAAUUCCGAGGUCCAUUCUCUGACGUGGUCACCACCAAUCUCAAACUCGCCAACCCUACGGAGCGAAAUGUGUGUUUCAAGGUGAAAACGACUGCUCCACGCCGGUACUGCGUGCGGCCAAACAGCGGAAUCAUCGAUGCAGGCACAUCCAUCAAUGUCUCUGUCAUGCUGCAGCCUUUUGAUUAUGACCCCAACGAGAAGAGCAAACACAAAUUCAUGGUUCAGUCCCUGCUAGCGCCCCCAGACAUGACCGACAUGGAAGGCGUGUGGAAGGAGGCAAAGCCGGAGGAGCUGAUGGACUCCAAGCUGAGGUGUGUUUUUGAGAUGCCGGUGGAGAACGAAAAAACACACGACAUGGAGUCCAACAAGAUGAUGUCGUCCGGCUUACUGAAGUCCGAGUCCUCUUCGCUGCCGCCCAAGUCGAUGAGCUCCACCCUGGAUGAUGGCGAAGUGAAGAAGAUCAUGGAGGAGUGCAAGAGGCUCCAGAUGGAGGCUCAAAGGCUACGAGAAGAGAACAAACAGAUCAGGGAGGAUGACGGUCUGCGGAUGAGGAAGAGCAACCUCAUGUCCUCCCAGCACUCCUCGGCCGGUCUGAAGAAGGACGAAGGCCUAAGCGCCCGCUCGGCCGCCCUCAUCAUCCUCUUCUUUUUGGUGGGCGUCAUCGUGGGCAAGUUGGUCUUGUAGAGCGCUGCCGUACACGGGUUUGGACCGGCCGAAAGUUUCCGCAGCAUGCUUUUUUUUUUUUUCCUUUCUUUUUUCUCUCGGGGGAUGAAAUCAAACGCGGGGCAUUUAGGAUCAGAGAUGCCAUAUCUGCUGGGAAGUGGGGUCCUCGUUGAGAGCGGGGCGUUUGGCUUAAGCCUCAUUUAUAGGAAAAUAAAUAAAUAAAAGGUCAUGUAUGGGUCACAAAAACAAUAUAUAGAUAAACGAUUCACCGUCUUCUGAACAAGCUUCUGCAGAUCUUGCCUGAUCCCUGCGUUCAAGUCAUACUUUUUUGUGAGGGGCGUAGAGAGAGAGAAAAAAAAAAAAGGCUUUUUUUUCCCCCCCCGUCAAUGACUAGAAUAAGCUCCCCAGCACACCACUGCAAUUGGGAGGACAGAUUUAGCAGAUAUUCACCCAGACAGGACAGACUCACAAAAAAGAACAACUUGAUGUGCAAGAAAGUGUAUCCCUUUUAGUUACCACUGCGGAUCCUUCAUUGCAUGUGUUCACAGCUGAAUGUUGCAUCUGGACAUUUUGGAAUCUAAUUUAAUUUUUCUUAAUUGUGUCAUUAUUUGGCUGUAGGUUUGCACAGUUCUGAUCUUUUUAUUUCCUUUCAUUUGUGUUUCAUUAUUAUGUUUUUUUUUGGGGGGGGGGGAGGGGUAUUGUUCUAAGAGCGCAUUUAGUAUUUAAUGGCACAGCUUCAGAUUUGGUGAUGUUUUUGAGGGCGUCUGCUGAUAUUCACCAGGCCAAGGCUUUGCCCUGUGAUCGGUUGGCGCUUUUUGUUUUUCCUCAGGCCAAUACUACAGUACACAUACUACAUGUAUGCACAUAACCCACGCCUGGAAAUAUACACACAAGUGCAUGCAGAAAUGAUGGGCAAAAUUUUCCUCAUCUUUUCCUACUAAGCCAUACAUUUGUUAAGUGUCCGGGCAAAUGUAUGUUAGCAAACGGUGUCAUGUUAUCAGACGCUUUCACUUGAUUUGUUUUUUUUCUUUUCUUUUUUCCUUUCCCGUAUUGUCACUGUAUCAGUUCCAUCGUGGUUGUUUGUUCACACGUUUGUCACUUUUGAAGUUGUGUUUAAUGCACUAAGGUGAAGAUUGUGAUCUUUCUGUAUUGCUAAAUAUUUGUACAUCUAUAUCUACAUAGAGAAAGAGCCAAGGCCUUGAGGGACCACAUAAUGACAACGUACUGUUCUGGAGCCAGUGGUUAUUUUCUGACUUACGAAUAAAAUGGAUGAAUUACAUUCAAAAUGGUUUGAUCUCCUAAACUUCCAUUAAACAAGGAAAGAAACCAAAUUUUCCCCUCCAAAGAAUUUGCAAGGCGUGCGUUCCUAAAACUGUAUCUGUGCUUAUGUGUUAGUUUGAGGAUGACUUGCUGAGGGGAGGGCAGAGCAGACCUAAAAUCAGCUUCAUAAUUGCAAUGUCGGACCUGCAUCGUAUUGUAUUUGCAGAAAAAUGUGGUUUUCAUUGAAGCAUGGAAACAGCUGACACAUGAAAAAUGCUCCAGUUUAACCAAAAUGUGAAUAAAUGAAAUAAUACUCAUCAAAGUGUACCACUCUUAUCCUGCCAUGACGCACCAACCACCAUUUCGCAAAUAGGCCAAUUUUACAUGUAAAUACUUGUUGAUCUAGGCAAGACACGACAGUAAUCAUCACCUGAAGCAGCUGAGCAACUGUUUUGUAUGUACGUAUGUAAACAAAUAAGUAUAUCUGAGAAGAAGAAGAAGAAAAAAAUGAAUAUUCUUAGUCAAGUAGUCUCUCUGGUGUAUAAAAGCAAAAUCCCACCUGGUUGGACUAUGUAGCAUCUUAAUAAAUGAAAGGAAUUCAAGUCCCAA